UAGUUUGAAAAAUGAGACUAACGCUAAUAGAGACAAAAAUUUGACAACAAAGAAGUCUGAGUGGAAACAAAAAAGUCAGAAAGCGGCACAGAAAUCAAAGAAGUCAUCGGAUGAGAGUCAAGCACAGAAGUUCAGUAAGUGCAAACGUUGUGGAAGAAAACAUGAUGAAAAGAAAUGCCCAGCAGUCAACUGGGAAUGUUUUAAGUGCAAACGUAAGGGUCACACUUCUUCCGUAUGUACAUUUUCGGAAUCGAUCAAAACCAUCAACAAUAUCAAUAAUGUCAGUGAAGCAUGCUGUAUUAAUGUUAAUGUCAACAACACUCUGAUUGAAAUGGAAGUGGACAGUGGAGCCUGCACUACGAUCAUGUCAAAGGAUGAGUUCGAUGAAAAAUUUCAAAACGUUAAAUUAGUCAGGUCUAGUAAUAAUUUAAUAACUUUUUCAGGGCACAAAAUUGUGGAAUGUGGAUCGUUCAUUGCUAAGUUGACUCGUCGCGAUGUUGUAGUCCCUCUAAAAAUGUCUGUUGUUAACAUCGGAAAAAAGUUCAAACCAUUAAUGGGAAGGCCAUGGCUGGACAAGUUGUUUCAUGGAUGGCGUGACAGGUUUGCGAGCAAUAUUAUAAUUAACUGGAUCGAACAUAAUGAUAUCUUUCAAAAUAUUAAGAAAAGGUAUCCUAACAUUGUUGAUGAAAGAUUAAAUGAGGUUAUUAGGGACUUUGAAGUUGAUUUAGUAUUAAAAGAAAAUAAGACACCAGUUUUUCAUGCCGCGUACACUGUCCCAUUUAAAUUCCGUGAAAAAGUCAGUCUAGAACUUGAUCGUUUGUGUAAAGAAGAAAUAUUAGAACCCAUUGAGUAUAGCCAGUGGGCCAGUCCCAUUGUAAUUGUUGCGAAAUCGAACGGAGAAAUAAGGAUUUGUCUUGAUGGGAAAGCAUCGUUAAAUAAGUGUCUCGAAUUUUCCCAUUAUCCCUUACCGUUGGUGGACGAUAUAUUCGCUGAUUUCGCAAACUGCAAGUAUUUUUCUGUUAUUGAUUUAAAUGGCGCCUAUCAACAAUUGAAAUUAUCUAACGAUUCCAGGAAAAUUCUUGUCAUCAACACCCAAAAUGGUUUAUUCGAAUAUAAGCGAUUAACAUUUGGUGUUAAUUGCGCUGCGUCGGUAUUCCAGUCAGUCAUGGACCAAAUGUUGAAUGGUAUGCGAUUCGUUAGAGCCUUUCAAGACGAUAUAAUUAUUGGUGGAUUAAAUCAGCAACAAGCCAUUGAUAACGUGUACACUGUGUGUGAUCGUCUAUCAAAAUUCAAUGUUAAGAUUAAUAUUGAAAAAAGUCGUUUCCUAAAAACAUCUGUUGAAUAUUUAGGUCAUUGCUUAACUGGUUGUGGGGUCAAACCAAAUCCAAACAAAGUGAGAGCCAUUGUUAAUGCGCCAGCACCAAGUAAUUUGCAGAAAUUACAAUCAUACUUCUUCUUCUUCUUAUUUGGCGCUGUAACCGCCUAAGCGAUUUUGGCCGAGUCCAAAACAGC